AUGUUCUCCCUCAACUUGGGGCUCGUACGCCUCGGCGCGCUUGCUGUGCUGCUCUUCCAGCUCGCUGGAACGUCGGAGGCGCGUCAUCUCCCCGCCAACCCUCAGUGGACGAAGCUCGCUGCCAGGAGGGCGCAGAAUUCCCCUGCGAAACGCGCGGCGGACGCGACGACGUUCCCAGUGUUCAAUUUUACACAGCCUCUUGACCAUUUUGUGGACACCGGCUUCACGUUCCAGCAACGAUACUGGCUCAGCGACCGUCACUACAAGCCUGGCGGUCCUGUCAUCGUCUUCGAGGCGGGCGAGGGUCCAGGAGAUGAGCGUAUGCCCAUCCUCGAUACAGGCAUCCUCAACAUCCUCGCCAACGCCACGGACGGGCUCGCCAUCGUGCUGGAGCACAGAUAUUACGGGGAGUCGGUGCCUGUGCAGAAUUUCACGACCGAUUCUCUGAGGUGGCUCAACAACGAGCAGGCCGCGGCCGACUCCGCCAACUUCAUCGACAACGUCACGUUCCCCGGCAUCCCAGGCGAUCUCACGGCGCCCGGGACGCCGUGGAUAUACUACGGCGGUUCCUACGGCGGCGCGCGCGCGGCGCACAUGCGCGUGCUCUACCCGGACCUCGUCUUCGGCGCGAUCGCGUCGAGCGGGGUCGUGCACGCGACGCUCGACGACUGGCGGUACUUCGACAUUAUCCGGCAGUCCGCGCCGGCGGCGUGCAUCACGCAGGUCGAGCGCACCAUCGACGAGGUCGACAGACUCAUCACGAGCCCGAAUGCGAAGACGCGGCUCGCUAUCAAGUCGGUCUUUGGGCUGCAGAACGUCACGUAUGACCCGGACUUCGCUUCGCUGCUAUCGAACCCGCUCGGCGCGUGGCAGUCGAACAACUGGGACCCCGCGGUAGGCAGCACGUCGUUUGCGCGGUUCUGCGCGGCGCUCGGAACUCCGGACAACGCAACCGUGCACACCGUGCAAGGUAUCACGGUCAGCAACGCGACAUUCAACUACGCAACGUACAUCAACAGGACUAUAUCCAGGGAGUGCCAGCCGCCCCAGAACCAGGAUGAGUGCUUCGGGACGAUCACCGCGCCGGACCAGUUCAAGGCGACCGACCUUUCACAGACGUGGCGCUUGUGGGACUUCCAAGUGUGCACUCAAUGGGGCUUCUUCAUGACUCCCCCGCCCAAUCCUGCAACCCCGCGCAUCAUCUCCAAACUGAUCACCCAGGACUACGCCUCGCUCAUCUGCAAGCUUGCUUAUGACCCUGGAGAACACUUCCAGGUGCCCCCCGAGCCCGACGUCGAGGCAGUGAACAAGCUCGGCGGGUACAGCAUUGCGUACGAUCGCCUCGCCAUCAUUGACGGCCAGGACGACCCCUGGCGGGGCGACACCCCGCACAGCCCUGCGGCCCGCCCUCGCGCGGACACCACCUUGCGCCCCUUCAAGCUCAUCCCCCUCGCCGUGCACCACUACGAUGAGAAUGGCCUGGCAGACCCCAGCCAGGAGCCGCCGCAGAUCCAGGCUAUCCACCAGCAGGAGAUCGAGUUCGUGAAGGCCUGGCUGAAGGACUUCAAGGCACCGUCGAAGCCGUAG